AUGUUUCAAACAUCAAAUAUCGUUUGUCAAAAUGUUUAUUUAACUGAUGAUUUUAAAAUAGGUCUUGAAUAUGAUAAUCAUCGUGGUUUAUUGAAUAUUUUAUUGAAAAAUACUGAUAAUAAUAUUGAAUUACCAUUACAUAUUAAUAUUCUAUCAAAUCAAAAUCAAGAAUAUGAAUUAACAUUGAAAAAUAAACAUGAAUAUUUUCUUAGUUCAACUCGAUUACAAGAUGAUCUUGAAAAUGAGAUAACAAAUAUAUUCUAUAGAGAAGAGGACGAGCCAAAGAUUUGUAUCGAAUUAUCUAAUAUCUAUGUAUAUGAUUUAUACGAUGAAAAUGAAAAUGAUCUUUGUCAAACAAUGAUUACAUCAUCACCAUUAUUAUUUUCUUCGUCAUUAUCAUCAUCAUCAUCUUGUUUCGAUGAACCGACAAUAGAUAAUGAUGAUGGAUAUUCAACGCAUUCACUGGAUGAUAUUGAACAACAACACCAACAAUCAAUAUCAAAACUUUCAUCUAAAGAAAUCAUACCAUUCAAAUCUUAUCAAUUUUCUUAUUAUAUUGAAGAAUAUGUUUCGUCUAUACAUCGACUUAUUGAACAACUUAUCUGGUUAAGUCCAUUUAAAAAGACUGUAAAACAAAUGAUGAAUAAUCAUUUAUUUGAUUAA